AUGUGCAAGAUAAUGUUCCAGAGGAGGAGGAGGAGAGAUAAUUAUACUGAAAGUGCACCCAACUUGUUUGAGAAUUUGCCAGAAGAGUUGAAGAUAGACAUUUUAUGCAGAUUGCCAACAAAGAAGGCUGCCACACUUGCACUGGUUUCCAAGUCAUGGCUUUGGUUGAUCACAACCAAGGUCUUACCCAAGACCAACCCAAAGCUUCCUUUUAUCGGCGUUGUCCUCAUUGGUAGCCAUGACUCACGUCCCAAUACUACCAUGUUGAUCGAGACUUUUGAGGAUUCGGAGUCAGCUUCAGUGUUGCCUGACAACAUUGAACGUGUCAGACACUAUCCCUUUAGUCUCAUCACUUCUCGAAAAAUUGUGAUGAAUUGCUGUAAUGGGUUGCUUUUGUUUUCCCGUUGUAACGAGUCCAAGAGGACCUAUAACUAUUCAUAUAUUGUUUUCAACCCUUUGACCAAUCAGUGGGUCGAUUUUGAUUAUGUGGUUAACAAGCCUUCUGUUGCUGCUAAAAGCACCAUGUAUGCUGCAUUGGCUUACAACCCUUCUGAAUCUACCUUCUAUAGAGUUGUCCAGUUUCAGGGGUUUCGAUGUUUGGACGUGUACUAUUCAGAGACCAGGACUUGGAAGAAGCUGAGAUAUCGUCUUCCCAAUCGUGUUAGUACUUACAAAUCCAAGUGGCUUAAGCAGACUGUGUUUUUCCAAGGAGCACUGCAUAGACUAUCCACGUCUGGCCAUUUGUUGAGGUUUGUGAUUGACAAAGAAGCCUCUUCAAUCAAGGAUCAAGCACAAGCAAUUGACCUGCCUAAUUUUGAGGCUGCCAAACUCUCUCCAAACAGCUAUGGAUGUUAUUGCCUUGGGCUGAGCAAUGAUCGUAUAAACUUCAUGGCAUUUGACAAGGAACUGAGUUUAUGCAUCUGGGUUCUUACUGAUACCUAUGAAUGGUCUCUGCGAAUUAAGCUCUCGAAAAUUGAUGAAAAAUAUGCUAUGGAGAAUAGUUUCUGCAGGCCCUUGGCUUUCCAUUCAUACUUGGAUACAGUUUUUGUUGGUACAAGGUCGCCACAUUUUGGUUCAGUACUCUUGUCCUUAAAUUUUGACAAGGAUGUUUGUUCUGCAGAGGAAGAUAACUACAUCUUAGAGGCUUUGUACUUAGAAGGGUGUCAGUCCCUGAAUUGGCAUGAUGUUGCUCCUUCUUCUUUUCACUACUCUGAUGUCCCUUUUGCGAACGGAAUGGCGAAGGAGUUUUCUCUGCAAAUGGAAGCGUGGCAGCCGCCGCACACAUGA